AGAGGGAGGGAGGGAGGAGAGCGAGUGCGCAAAGGCACAGCAGCACCAGCGGUGGCAGCAGCGUCAAUGCAUCUGUGAGUCUUCGAAUCCGCGGUCUUGAGCUGCCAGUCCUCUGUACGUUUCAGAUUGAGAUUUCACAGCGCAAGGUCUUGAGGAGCCUCGCCAUCAACUGACACACUUUCGGAGCUCAGCGUUUAUUAUUAGCUCCGCUCUAAGAGACUAUUAUCACGACCCUAUUCUAUUUAUGCCAGUUUCUUGAAUAUUUAAUGGAAAAUGGCGAUCUGCGCUCAGUCCUACGGUAUAUUCUGUCUGUUCUCAAUCCAAACUAUCCUCAUCAUUAGCUUAUCUUCGCCGGCAACGGGGAGCCUCCGCUUCCCCCAACACUACACAAUGAUGCAUUGGGCAGGCCGCAUUGAGAAGGAGCUGGAGAAGACUAUACAGUUGGUCACUGGAACCCAGCAGAUAAGAGGGAUUUACAAUGAGAAGAAGAGUCAGUUUGACAUCAAGAGGAACAAUCCCAAGGACCUGGUGGAGAGGGUGGCACGAGACAUCGCUAAGCUGCUCACUAGCAAGAGGAGAGCCCUGGAGAGGCUGGCCAGGGAGGCGGAGCAGCUGCAGACAGAUUUUCCCUGGCUGGACAGUAUCAAGGAGAGCGACAUGGAGUACUAUGAUUCGAAAGCGGAAUCAGACUAUACGGAGGACGGAGAUGGGGAAGAGAACCUGAUGGAGAACCCCUACUCAAUGAAGCUGGAGUUUGUGGACGAUCCCAACUUUAAAAACAAGGUCAACUACUCCUACAGCGCCGUCCAGAUCCCCACAGACAUCUAUAAGGGCUCACCAGUCAUCCUGAAUGAGCUGAACUGGACCCAGGCUUUGGAGAGGGUUUUCAUUGAUAACCGCCGGGAGGACAGCUCUCUGCGCUGGCAGGUGUUCGGCAGCGCCACGGGGGUCACAAGAUAUUACCCAGCCACUCCAUGGAGAGCACCCAAUAAGAUUGACCUGUAUGACGUCCGCAGGCGGCCAUGGUACAUCCAAGGGGCAUCAUCUCCCAAGGACAUGAUCAUCAUCGUGGACGUGAGUGGCAGUGUCAGCGGACUCACUCUGAAACUGAUGAAGACGUCGGUCAUGGAAAUGCUAGACACUCUGUCAGAUGACGACUAUGUGAAUGUAGCCAGGUUUAACGAGAAGGCUGAUGCUGUCGUCCCCUGUUUUAAGACCUUGGUCCAGGCCAACAUGAGAAACAAGAAGAUCUUCAAGGAGUCUAUCAUGCACAUGCAAGCCAAAGGAACCACUGACUACAAGUCUGGCUUCCAAUUCGCCUUUGAACAGCUACUCAAUGAUACCGGUGCCCCGAGGGCGGGCUGCAAUAAGAUGAUAAUGAUGUUUACAGAUGGAGGAGAGGAUCGUGCACAGGACAUCUUUGAGAAGUACAACUGGCCCAACAAAACCAUUCGAGUAUUUACCUUUUCAGUCGGGCAGCACAACUAUGAUGUCACCCCCUUGCAGUGGAUAGCUUGUGCCAACAAAGGAUUCUACUACGAGAUUCCAUCCAUUGGAGCCAUCAGAAUUAACACACAGGAGUACCUGGAUGUGCUGGGUCGGCCCAUGGUGCUGGCUGGGCCCAAGGCCAAGCAGGUCCAAUGGACCAACGUCUACCAGGAUGCUCUGGGUCUGGGUCUGGUCAUAACUGGGACCAUGCCAGUCUUCAACCUCACCGCUGAUGCAAACUCUCAGACGCAGCUUGUCCUUGGUGUCAUGGGAGUGGAUGUUGCGAUCAACGAAAUUAAGAGGAAGACACCAACAUACAGGCUUGGAGCCAAUGGAUACACCUUUGCGAUCGACCAAAAUGGCUAUUUGCUCCUGCACCCCAACCUGCAACCUAAGGUAGGAUCAAGACUGUCCUCUAUGCAUCCCAUCCUGCAACCUAAGAUCAUUAACUUCAGAGAACCUGUCACCCUGGACUUCCUGGAUGCUGAACUAGAGGACAGUAAAAAGGAGGAGAUCCGUCGAGAAAUGAUUGAUGGCAAAUCAGGGCAAAAGAAAAUCAAGACUCUCAUUAAGUCAGUUGAUGAGAGGUACAUUGAUGAGGCCAUGCGGACAUACACCUGGACUCCAGUGGAGGGCACAGAUUACAGUCUAGGGCUGGUACUGCCCACAUACAGUGAGAACCACAUCAAGGCUAACCUGAGUGACCAGAUCCUGCAGGUGCAGUAUUUUGAAUCUCUGCUGCCAAACAGUUUUGAGUCUGAAGGACAUGUAUUCAUAGCUCCCAGGGAAUACUGCAACGAGCUAGAGCUCUCCAACAACAACACUGAGUUCCUGCUCAACUUCAUCGCUCUCAUGGAGAAGGUGACACCUGACUCCAAACAAUGUGACAACCUGCUCCUUCAUAACCUCAUCCUGGACACUGGCAUCAUCAGACAGCUGGUGGAGAAGGUGUGGAAGACCAAAGACCUCACCACAUAUGGCUUUCUGGCAGUGUUUGCUGCAACAGACGGAGGGAUUACAAGAGUGUUUCCCAACAAGGCUGCUGAGACCUGGGAAGAGGACCCUGAGCCUUUUAAUGCCAGCUAUUACCGCCGCAGUCUGGACAACAAGGGCUACAUCUUCAGAGCGCCUUAUCGCACCGUGAAUGAUGAGCUGCUAAACCCAGAGAACGACACUAUAGGAAUCCUGGUCAGCACUGCAGUGGAGAUCACAGUGGGAGGGAAAACCAUCAAACCUGCAGUGGUUGGAGUAAAGCUGGACCUUGAGGCCUGGGUGGACAAAUUCAAGAUCCUGGCUAGCAACCAAACAAGUCCAACAAGUGACAACCGCCAAGUCCAACAAACGUGUGGACCAACCAGUGGUUGUGAGAUGGACUGUGAAGCCAACAGCGAAGACCUUCUUUGUUACCUGGUGGAUGACGGUGGUUUCCUGAUCAUGUCCAAUCAGAAGGAUCACUGGAACAAGAUUGGCAUGUUCUUCAGUGAGGUGGACCCCUACCUGAUGCAUGCUCUCUACAACAACUCCUUUUACAACCGGAAGCAGUCCUUUGACUACCAGUCUGUGUGUGACCCCGUGCCAAGCAGCAACACCGGAGCUGCACCAAGAGUAGUCUUUGUGCCCACCAUUGCAGACUUUGUGAACCUGGCCUGGUGGUCAUCAGCAGCUGCCUGGUCCCUAUUUCAGCAGUUGCUCUAUGGAAUGGUCUACCACAGUUGGUUUGUCACAGAUGAGGUGGAGGCAGAGGGGAUGGACUCCAGAGAGACCAGCUGUGUGACGAUACAGACUCAGUUCUACUUCACUAACAUCAACAGCUCCUAUGACAUCCUGCAAGACUGUGGCAACUGCUCCAGGCUGAUCCAUGCCAAGAGGUUAAACAACACCAACCUGCUGUUUGUGGUGGCAGAGAAGAUGCCCUGCAACACCUGUGAGGUGGAGAAACUGUCCCAGGCGGAGACAGAGUUCAAAGAGGAUAACCCAUCAUGUGAGGACAUGAGUGCAGCGAGGUAUCGAAAAGGGCCCGCUGUGUGCUACGACUACAAUCUUUCUGAGAACACAUCAGACUGUGGGCGGGGCCACUCCUUCCGCCCCUCACUCCAGACCCUGCUCAUGAUUCAGCUCUUCCUCCUCUAUCCAAUCGCCAGCCCCCAUAUUCUGCCCCUUUUACUUUAAUUUUCCUCCAGUCUGCUCUCCCCAGCUCUUUGUCCAUCCUAAAGCUCCCACCCUCUCCCCUCUAUGCUCCGCCCCUGCUCUAGUCAUAGGUUAUAAUGGGACUUCCUGUCACUGCAACUUGGAAGCCCUGAGUACCGCGCUACUGUACCCAGCUAGCUUCAAUUGUUGUUGCUUAGUGACAGUUGCAGGACCUUUAUGUUCUCAGCAAGUUGCGUACCUUCAUCCAUGGGAAGAGAUUCAGAAGGUCGGUGUUCCAACCACCACAAUUAUCAGAGGCUAUGUCAGAAAAGAAAAAAGACCCCAUUCCCACCCGCAUCAACAGGACGAGUGACAAGUGAAAAGACAAGUUGGAUGCCAUGUCACAGAGCUCCAACCGUCAUGGACACAGCAGAGUUUAGGUUGUCUGUUUGUGCCUCUGUUAGUCAGAUGGGAUGAGGAGACAUGGCCUCCAUCUCACUCACUCAUCUCUGACCUGAUCAGUUUCAUCGCUCUGUCAUGUGUCUUUCAUAGGGGGCUACUGUACGGACCAUUCAGACGUUCAUAGCUACUGUAACAAGAAAAUUAAGGAAAAAAAUUACUUUCAAGUAUACAAAAACAUACAAUUAUAAACUGUUCAAGUGUUGAGUAUUCAAAGCACAUGUUAGGGUAUCAUUUGCAAUGAAAGUUGUUACAUUAAUUUAUUUAUGCACUAUAUCUACUUCUUGCCAAAAUGAGAGACUUUCAUGUGGUCUUGUUUUUAUAACCAAGUGAGAGGAAAUAGAGAAACCCAGAAAGGAAAGCUAGAGAAAUAGUGUUAGGAAUAUCUGAGUUGGCUGAAUUCCAAUUCUUCUUGUACACCUCUACUGUUCUACACUUGAAGUUAGAACUGUUUCUGCCCCUGGAAGCACAGUAUUAUAUUUAUAAUCAUGGUAACAUGGAACUAUUCUAUGAAAUAGUAGUCUUACAAAGAAUAACAUUUUGUCACGUUGUAUAAAUGAUUGGAGACAGGCGCAGGAAUACAUAAUAGGGGGUUUUAAUACUCCACCCAAAAAUACAACAUGCCAUGAAAAGGCACGGGGACAAAGCCCACAACAAACAUGUAUACAAAAACACAGGGAUGUAACCCAAACAAAAUAGCGAGGUUAAACCUCUAAUAAAUACACAGGACAAGACCCGCAGUACACUACACAGGACGAAACCCGUAAUAACAAAUGCAGAACAAUACACGGGACCCGUUAAUAACGAGUACACAAUACACGCAGUAAGCCAAAACAACAAAGCACAGGUACUCACAAGACCAACAGACAUGGGAACAAUAACCGACAAGACAUUGGUGAACAGAGGGCACACAUAUACAAUUACUAAUCAGGAGAAUGGGGAUCAGGUGUGCCUAAUGAGACAGUUCAGUGGCACCUAGAAGCCGGUGACGUAGACCUCCGGAACUGGUGCUCGGAAUGAGCAGCAGUACCGGGGGAAUCCGUGACACAUUUGAUUAUCAUAGUUGACUGAUGUUAGUUAAUGAAUUGGUAAUUAUGUGUCCAUCAUCAUUGAUGGCUGAUGUUAGUUAAUGAAUUGGUAAUUAUGUGUCCAAAUCGGACAAAGCAAAUUAUAACUUUUCCCUUGCAAAAAUAAUUCAAAUACUAGGCUACACCAGUUUAUUAUGAAUCAGUAUUAAGCCUCUGAAAAGUCUGAGCGUUUGGGCUUCAUUGCUGUAGGUAGUGUGUACUUUCCCACUCUCCACAGACUAAUUGAAUCAUUGUUUCCACGUAAUUUCAACAAAAUUACAUUGAACCAACGUGGCAUAGACGUCGAAUUGACAACUGUGCCCAGUGGGAUCCUUUCUGAUCAGUGGACAUUCUGACUGAUCUCUGCUCCUGACCCAGUGAAAGCUAACCCCUCUGCCAAUCCUCAUACAGCCGCUCCACCAGGUCCACUAAUGUUCCUAGGACUAUAUUUGUAUGUGUUUAAUAUCUGUUGUCACCACAGCAGAGCAGAUAUACUAAUAUCUAUUCAGACUGGCCCAUAAGUAUCUCGUUUUUGUUGCAGGUAGGUUUUGGCAGAACUUAGCUUGUAUUACAUUUGACAUACGCUGUGUAACUUCAGACCAUUUGCUGCUGGGGGAUUGGGGCUUAACAUUUUCCACAUAAAGGAAUGCAGCCGAGGCCACCACAACUUACUGUACGGUGACGACUCAGCUGCAGUCUGGGUUUUCUGUUACAUGUCAUUCUGAUCAAUUUGAUGUGAAAUGUCAUUAGACUCCAUGUUUAGGAGCCACUUUCUGUUGUCAGUGCCUUGAUGCACUUUGUUUUGGAAAGCAUUGUCUCUUGAGCUACUGUACAGUACCUUUAUAGAAGAGGCACCCUAAUGGCUGUGGAGCUACAGGAUCUUCAUAGAGCAUGUCUGUUGGCUAUAUAUCUACGGUAGCUUUAUAGAGACACCAUAUUGACUAGACGUUAUUGUAGCUCAAUGUAGACUUUCGAUUGGCUGUGGCUCCUGGCUGCUGUACCAUUCUAGGGCUACCUGAUUGCUACCAGAUAGAGUUGCUGUACAGUACCUUUACAGAGCCAUCUAUAGAGCUAAACUAUCAGUAUAAAUCGACUUAACUGGUCAUUGAUCUACCUUUAUAGGGUCACCUGACCGCUAUCAUUGCGUUUCUGUCUGAACCGUAUGUGCGUUUGUGUUUGUGUAUGGGUGUAUGUUUGUUUUAACCCUCAGAGGGAAUGUCUUUAAAACUGUGUUGAGAGGAUGGGGAAUGACAGUUGUGGUAGCGUAGCUGUUUGUUGUUCCAAUUCCAAUGAAAGAAGUGUUAUAUCAGAUGUUGUUAUGGGGGGGGAAAAAAUAUUUUACAAAAAAAAAGAAUCCAAUCAAUUUUUUCUCACCGGUUUGCUCAAUAUAUUGUCAUGAGGGAGCUGCAUACUGUAUGUGACCCCUGUAUUCACAGAGGUGUUCAAAAAUAAUGUCCGUGUGUUUCUGUUUCAAAGGAUACAUAGUGACUAAGCCUCUCUAAAUGCCUUAGUGUUUCAGUGUUCUCCCUCUUACACACACACACACACAGUGAGCCUCCCAAAUAUUAACUUUCUCCACAGACUUUCCCAAUCCAGAAUGUUGCACUCUGGAUUUAAAGAGGUUUAGGUUUUGAUGUUUCCGUCCGUCGAUAUAAAAUGGUGUGAGUUUAUUGUACACAUUGCUGCUUGGAGUGGAGGACUUUCAUUGUUUACAUUGACUCUGAAAUCCCUCCACCCCGCCUCACUGUUAACGUGAAUACAACAUCUAAACCCCAAAACCUCCUUUACUGUAACCAUAAAUACACACAUAAUGUACAGUGAACAAUAUCAUUUUUGGCAAGACAAAAUGUUUUGUAACUACAUAAUUAUAUUUUCAACUAGGCAAGUCAGUUAAGAACAAAUUGUUAUUUACAAUGACAGCCUACCACGGCCAAACCCAGACGAUGCUGGGCCAAUUGUGCGCUGCCCUAUGGGACUCCCGAUCACAGCCGGUUGUGAUACAGCCCGGGAUCGAACCCAGGUCUGUAGUGACGCCUCUAGCACUGGAAUGCAGUGCCUUAGACCGCUGCCCCACCCAGGAUCCCUAUCUCAGUGAAAGACUGGACCAAAUACAAACUCAGAAUCUGACGUUUGCAAUUGUCUCCUUUCAAUGUUUGGGUCCACCAUUUUUGAAAUUCCUCGUAUAGAUAGUCCUGUUGCAUGUUAUUGUUUUAUUAUAUCACAGCAUUUGUUUGUCCCUCUGUAGAUCUCCACAUUUACUCCGUCAAUGAGGGUUACAUUCGCUGUGGAAAUGUACCCCCUGUGACUUCCUCUGGCUCAGCAGCAGACACAAGCACCAACAAAUGUACACAUUCAGACAUGCAGUUCCACACUUAUGCACCCACAUGCACAAAGCACACACAUGUAACACUAACAGUUAUACCUACACAUGCACAGCUGGGUGAUGUUCAGCUCUAGACUGAAGUAAGCCAAGGAUGUCUAUUCCCUGUGUGGGAUGUCAGAGGCUAGCUCAGGGAGUGGGUCUCCACAGAACAGCAUGGGACUGUGUCAAACAAAAGGUAAAAGAAUCAUGAUUUGUAUGUCUGUGUGUCCCAGAAGGGGACCCAAUAGUGUGCUGAGGGACACAGGUUGGUUUUCUGUGGUUUGAAAAAUGUACUUUUUGCUCAAAAAAAAAAGAAUGGGAAAAGGGGCCAGUUUUGGGUGAGAGGACUGGGUCUGCUUUACAGCCAGCCCUAAAGGGAGGGUCUCCACGUGGCCCUGCCCCUGCCUACCCUUGCCGUGUCCGUGCGUCUCUGUGGGAAAGACACGUGUGUAUGUGAUUCUGUAGUCUGUAGUCUGGUGCUAUGUGACCAUGUUUGACAAAUGUGUUUAAAAUAAAAUCAGUAACAAAAAAAUUAUAAAUUCAGUCAAAUUCUAAGUGAAGUAAAAAAAAAAAUGGAAUAAAGUAAAGAUAAGUUUGAGAUCUAAAUUGUUUUUAUUUUCAUUUAUUUUAUGUGGGUGUCUGAGUGUGUAUGUGUGUGCGCGGAAGAUUUAGCUCCCUCUCUCUGGGCAUUGGUCCAUGUCGCUCCAUUCUUUUGUACUGAUAAAGCAAAAAAAAAAAAAGGGUAAAAUUUGUAAAAUAUUGUGUCUGUGACUCCUUGUAAAAUAUUUUCAAAUUGUUUAUUACAGAGAAUCAGUUAUUAAAUAAUGUUCAUAUUUUUCACUUCA